GACCGUCUGCGACGCGAAGGGGACAAGAGUAGGAAAUGGGGCAAAUUAAAAGAACGCGCCACGUCCGCUGCAGAGUCCAAUCGAUCGAGCCUCGGGGCAGGCCGGCUUAAUCAGAUCAGACGCCGCCGGCAGACAUUGCAAAGACGAGACGACCGAGUCAGGCUGCCGGCGAUGGGACGCAGAGACACUCUUCGAUCGAAUUGUUCUAUUCCCAAUCCGAGGCCUCUGCGUCUGAUCUCGUCGCUGAUUGGACAGUGGACUGUGGCAAUACGAAAUGAAUCACUGAAUCAGACCGCUAGAGCCGGACAUCGGUUUGCCUGUCUCAGCCUCCGUGGCAUGACAACAUUGCGUCUGCCUCACGCCUACACAUGCAGUCAAUGGCGGUAA